AUGAAUGAAAAAGCCAUAACAGAAAAGGAAUUGUUGACAGCAAUUAAAGAUCUUUUGAAGAAGAAUGGUUAUUUAAAUAAAAUAAAUGCUGAGGUUCGGGCUCAAGUAACAGAACUCCUACAGCGUCAGCAGACGGCUGGUGCUGAGACAACACCCCCAACUCCUUCAGAGGAAGUGCUUCUAGUCAACGAGCUGGUGAGAGAGUAUUUGGAAUGGAACGGUUACUUGUAUACCGCAUCUGUACUGGUUUCUGAAGCUGCUAUGCCAAAGGAUAAGAAGUCUAGGACAGAGCUAUGUACAGAGGUGGGAGUAAGGGAUGAUGAGAAGUCGUCAGCUUUACCUCUACUAUCUAACAUAGUAGCAGCGUACACGGAGAGAAUUAAAAGGAAGAUUAAUAAGAUAAAAAGAGACGCGUGUUGA